CGCCAGCUAACUUCACAGUGACUCUAAUUCACUCCCUGAUGAUCAUUAAUAAAAUCCUUUAAUUUACAGGUUAGGGUAAACGUAAUUUUGGAUAAUCCGAGACCAAUCGCAAGAUCCUAUAUUAACACACUCGAUAAAGCUCGAGGAAGGAUUGAAUUUCAUCCCCUUUAUUUAAAUGAAACUCGAUUUUCCGUACAGGGAAAUUUAUUUUUGAGUGAAGGAAAACCAGGAAAGGUUCUAAAAGUUAACGCCAAGAAACGAAUAGGCGAAAAUAAUUUCGUUACUAGCAUGAGGAAGGGUAUUGAAAAACGCUAUGGAAAUAAAGAUCUUGUUGCUAUUGGUGGAACUUUCGUAGUACACACCGGAACGAUAACACAUCACUUCCGAAACUUUUUAGAGGAACCUGUGCCUGAAGGUAGCAAGUUAAGAAGGAUCAAGAAAUUCUACCUUUACGACUUUCCAGCUCCGGAGAAUGCCGUGGGUACUUUCAUUUCUACAAAAACGGAACUUGAUCUUUACCUGGAACACUUUCAUAUGUUUUCUCAUCUAAACAAAGCCAACAAAGGUGGACAUUACGUUCAGGACACUACCCCUGAAAUUGUAGAAUAUGAAGGAUAUUUUACACCCGGAGAAAUUCUUCACAAAGUAGAUCAGGCUCCGCCUUUCACUGACAUCUAAAAUUGAUUUUUUUUCGAAAAUUAAUAUUUAAAGUGAUGAAUCUUUAACGGCUGGGUAUCGAUAUCACACAUAUCAAAUCUACACAUUGUCAAAUUUUCACAUUGCGUGCAGACAUUAAAUUAAGGUAGUCCUCUACACAUUUAAUUCACGACAUGAGAGCAUGCACAUGAAGUCUACACAUUCAUCUCGCCACGCGAGAGUCUUCACAUUUAAGUGUACACAUUCAUGUCAACACACUUAAUUCACCACGUGAAAAGUCUACAUAUUAAAUAGUAAGUCAAAAAAGUCUACACAUUAAAAUCUACACAUUAGUCUACACAGUAAAGUCCGCACAUAAUAACUCUGCACAUUAAUUCUUUUGAAUUGUAAAUUUAAUUAUCUGAUACAUCUACGCGUUAAAAUUGUGCACAUUAAAUUGUACAC